AUGGAAUGCAAGGAGUGCCAGUAUUAUACUAGCAAGAGAAAAAGAGUUGCAAUGCCCCUCAGGCCUAUGUCAGUAAAAGAGCCUUUUGCCCAGUGGGGUCUUGAUUUCAUCGGAAUGAUCAAUCCCCCCAGUUCAGUCAGACACAAGUGGAUCCUGACCGCCACUGACUAUUUCACCAGAUGGUCUGAAGUCGUUCCUUUAAGGAACUCAUCAGAAAGUGAAGUGUUGGCUUUCCUAGAGGACCUGGCAUGUCGAUACGGCUCUCCCAAAACUAUCAUAUCAGACAAUGCGUGCACAUUCACCGGCUCGAGAAUUACCCAAUUUACCCUUGACAAAGGAAUAUAUCUUAAAACCUCUUCUAAUUACUAUCCUCGAGGGAAUGGACUUGUUGAGUCCACUAACAAGAACUUGAUCAGACUUAUUAAAAGGAUAGGUUCUAAAUAUAAGAAGGAGUGGCACCAUCAUUUGAGAAGCGCAUUAUGGGCAGAUCGCAUAACACCUAAACAAAUCCUAAAAAACUCCCCAUAUAAGAUGGUAUAUGGAAAAGAUGCACUUUUCCCCACGUCUCUAGAGAUCCCAGCCCUGCAACUACUGAAGUCCAUGGAGGUGGCGGAGAAUAGCCCUAUGGUCAUAAGAUUAGCGGAGAUUAUGGAGCUAGAAGAGGCAAGGGAGACGGCCUUUGUAGCUCUCCAAGACAGGUAG